CCCAGGUCCUGGCAGGUCCCUCCCUCCCCCGAGCCUCGACGCCCUCGUCCCGCGGAGCUGCGGGCGGAGCCUCGGGCGGGAGCGCGAUGGAGCCGCAGCCGCGCCCCCCUGCCGCUCGCCCCGAGCUGGCCCACGCCAGCACCGCUCGCCACCGAGCCCUGGAGGCCCUGCGGGCCCUGGCCGAAGCCCUGGGGACACCGAGCAGCGUCCCCAGCGCGCUGGCCCGGGCCGAGGAGGAGCUGGCCCGGGCCCGGGGGGCGCUGGAGGAGCUGCGGGCGGCCCGCAAGGCCGAGCUGGGGCCGGCGGUGGCCCGGGGCGAGCUGGGGGACGAGGACGAGGAGGAGCUGCGGAGAGUCGCGGCCGUGGCCGAGGAGGCGGCGGCGGUGCUGCAGCGGGAGGAGGAGCGGGCGCGGCGCGGCCAGAGGUGGCUGUGGGCCGGGCACGGGCUGGCGGUGGGGCUGAUGGUGCUGUGCGGGGCUGUGCUGUCGCUGGACGCGGCGCGCGCCGCGCUGGGCGUGUCGCAGGACAGUCACCUGCUGCUGGCGCUGGCCGCGGUGGCCGUGUCCUGCCGGGUGGCCCUGCAGGCCCUGGCGACAUCGCGGCGACACCUGAGCGCCGCCGCGCGCGAGCACCGCGCCACGGCGCAGCGCCUGCGACAGCGCGCGCGCCGCGCGGCCACCGCCCGGGCCAGCAGCGGGGCCACCGCGGCCACCGGCGCGGCCAGCGCCGCUGUCCUGGCGCGGCUGGAGGAGGUGACGCAUCACCUGGGGACGCUGGUGGCCGCCGUCCGGCGCGACACGGCGGUGACGCCGUGGGGGACGUGGCAACAGGAAUUCCGCGAGACCCGGCGGGCGCUCGGCGACAUCGUGGUGGCCUUGGGGACACCGGAGGAGGGACACGAGGAGCUGGCGCGGCAGCUGGAGGGGGCGCUGGGGGCGCUGGGGGCGCGGGGACAGGGACAGGGACAGGGAGGGGACACGGGGGUGGCGCUGUGACGUGACCCCAGUGUGUCCCCAACAGGACCCCAAUGUCCCCAACUUGAUCCCAGUUUGUCCCCAGUGGGACCCCAGUGUGUCUCCAAUGUCCCCAACAGGAUCCCAAUGUCCCCAGUGUCCCCAACAUGAUCCCAGUUUGUCCCCAGUGGGACCCCAGUGUGUCUCCAAUGUCCCCAGCAGGACCCCAAUGUCCCCAGUGUGUCCCCAGUGUCCCCACUGCAGGUGGCGCUGGCGGGGCGGGGACAGGCACAGGGAGGGGACACGGUGGUGGCGCUGUCACCACCUUGGGGACACCGCCGUGGCCUCGCCUUGGGGACAGCGGGGCCACCCCGAGGUGCCCUGUGUCCCGCUUUGGGUCACCGCGGUGUCCCCAAGUGUCACCCGCCUGACACCCGUGUGUCCCCAACAGGACCCCAAAUGUCCCCAGCAGGACCCCAAUGUGUCCCCAGUGACUCCAGUGUGUCCCCAACAGGACCCCAAAUGUCCCCAGCAGGAUCCCAAUGUGUCCCCAGUGUGUCACUCAAUGUCCCCAACAGGACCCCAGUGUCCUCCCAAUUGUCCCCAACAGCACCCCAGUGUCCCCAUGUGACCCCAACAGGACAUCGGGGGGACAUCGAGGCCAUGUGGGGACACUCAGGGGACGUCGGGGGACAUUUGGGGACAUCGGGGGCACAUUCGGGGACCCCGCGGUGGCUCCGCGGAGCGGGACGGUGACGUCACAUGGCCCCGCCCCCUUCCGGCACCGCCACGUUCCCGCGUGUCCCCCCCCGAGUGUCCCGCGUGUCACCCCCCCUGGAGUAUCGCGUGUCCUCGAGUGUCCCCAGAGUGUCCCCGAGGUGUCGCCAUGGCCAUGGAGCUGCGAGAGGACCGGCCGCCCCUGUUACUGUGGCAACCACUGGGUUGCAACGCCGCUCCCGCCCUUUGACGGCACCAUUGGCGAGCGCUGAUUGGCUGAGAGCGGCAAAGGCGGGAAGAGAGACCGGAGGCGCUUUCACCCGUUGCCGUGGCGACCUGAGCCGCGCGUUGCCAUGGUAGCGGAAGUCCCGCCUUCCAUGCGCUGCUAAUCACGAGAGCGCUGAUUGGCUGAGGGCGGAAGGGGCGGGGCUAAAGCCAAAAGUCUCACUUUGGUGUCCCCAAAUUCCCACGGGGGUCCCCCAAGUGUCCACAGUGUCCCAAAUGUCCCCAGAAGGGUCCUUGGUGUCCUCAGGGGAUUCCCCAGUGUCACCAAGGGGUCCCUGAUUUCCCCAAAUUCCCAAGGGGGGGUCCCCAAAGUGUCCCCAAAAGGGUCCCCAGUGUCCCCAAAUCCCCCUGGGGGGUCCCAAAAUGUCCCCAAGGGCGUCUCAGUGUCCCCAAAUUCCCAUGGAGGUUCCCAAGUGUCCGCAAAAUGUCCCCAAGUUCCCCAGGGGGAUCCCCAAAUAAAUGUCCCCAACCCCUCUC